UGAAGAUGGCGGGAAGCCGAAAACGCAUUUGACAGACCGAAACAGCGAUGAUAGGCAACCGGAAACGACCAACUUUGCCAUCCCGAAGACGACAUGAUUCCUAAGAAUCGGCCGUUUGGGCGGAAUAAUCACCUUAAUUUUCAUCUGCCUUUGUUUCUAUUGGUCAAUUAUUUUCCACAACGAAAUGAUGUCAAUAGGCAGAAGUUUUCUUAUCGAAUUUCACCCUUCUAACCGUUAGUUUUGAAAAAUACACCUCAUGACAGGCAUAGCAACGAGAUGUUUAUCGGUUGUCGUAUUGACUCGUUUAUGUUUAAUAAUAUAUCUACAAUCUCUGUCAUGUCUGAUCAGGAUGAAAUCAUUAGCGAAAGCCAUUUUUAUAAUCAUCUAACGCUUGGGCUACACAAGACUUUAAGCGAUAUACCAGGUGUGCACGAUAUAAAGCUUGAACACAGGGAACCAUGUGAGAAAGCUUCUGUAAACGCUUGGGAACAAAGGCAUUCCUGCAUUAUGCCCUUUGAUCUAAAAAACUUCUACUUGUCAACUGAUGGAUUCCAUAUGACUUGGUCAUACAUGAUUGGAGGUGAAAGUGUAUCGAUAGGAACAUUGCAGAUCAACCCGCUUGCUAAGCUACAAAGAAUUGCCGGAUUAUCUUCUGCUACUGUCGACUCUGAUGGAUAUCCGACACUUCUCGAUUUAGAUCUACUUAUACCCAAAAACCAUCAAGAAAUCCCCCUAUUUAAAUCGACUUGCAAAAUAUUCUGCCUGGACUCUUGUGGGAAUAUGGCCACGGUUUGUUUGGUGUAUGUUGAAUGCAAAUUGAAUCCAAGUAUAUGGCUUCUUGACCGAAGCUUAGAAUGGCAUUUUUUAGCAUCAUCAUUUACACAAUAUUUCCGUAUGAUGCUUGUCUACCACGGAUUGCCCGAAUGGCAGCUCAAACUAACUCCAAUGGGCUUAGCUCCUUGGGCUGAGCAAAUAGUGUAUUCUUUUAUGCCACACUUGAACUCGCCAACAUUUUUAAGGAAAAACUUCAUUAAUUAUGAGUCACAAUUAGACUCAUCUAUUUUUAAAGUGAGGACUAAGCAUACUAGAAAGAGCAAGACAGCUGAAUUUAAUGAACAACAUGAAUCAGCUAAGAAGUUACAGUAGAAAUUUUUUUCCAUGUGUGUACAAGUAUUCAAAAAUAUACAUGAUAAGAAAAUAAAAUGCAGGACCAGAUUAAAUGAGAUUAGAUAUAUGAAAAGUUACAAAAAUGGAUGACGCUUCUAAUAAAGGAGGUUAAAAAGAAAAACUGGGUUUAUUUUAAGAACCCUUCUUUAAAGCCGUAAACACAAAUUUGUAUAGAAAAAUAAAUAAAUAAAAAAUUAAUUAAUUAAUAAAGGAGGAAUUUUUGGACUGGAUUAGCCCAGAACUGUUUUUCCCGGGUGUCCCGUUGUUAUAUUUAAAAAUUCCUAACAACUAUGGAUUUUAUCCAAAUUCAAUGUUGUGACAAAUUUGAAAAGCAGGAAUGUUCUACUUUCAGCCUACAUCAAUAUCGCUUAGAUUUUUAAGUCAUUAGAAGUUAAAAAAUAAGGAUGAAAUCAACAAAAACACUAUAAACAUUUUAUUUUAUUUCUCUAGUUCUAAUUUAUUCACUAAGGCAAUGCUUGUGCAUGUGCUUUAUACAGUUCUAAAUCCAUAUAAAGUUUCUGGUAGAUUGGUAGAGUUUUAGAUUUAUCACCAUUUUUGAGAUUUAAAAAAAAUAUAUAUAAUAUAGUUGUUUUUCAGGGUUAACCUAGUUUGUUGAAUCAUUUGGUCCCUACAUUAAAAUUAUAUUCCUUUAUGGUUCCAUAAGCAAAAAAAUGUCUUAAAAAAAUCAGAUUUGUCUUAAGCACACUUUAAAGCCCAUAAAUCCCAAUUUUUAUAGCAAACAAAAAUUAUGCUCCGUUUCAUUUAAAAAUUCACGACAACUAUGGAUUUUGUUAAUUUAUUCAAAUUCAAUGUUAUGGCAGUCGUUAAAAAGCUGAAUUGUUCUACUUUCAUCCUACGUCAAUAACACUUCAAUUUUAUCAUUAAAAGUGGACAAAAUGAGGAUGAAAACAACAAA